GGAGCUCAGGGAGCGGCGGCUGUUGACUGUCAUUGCGGGGCUGGUGUAAGGCCUCACUCCCACGGCCUGCGGAGAGGCCGCGGCCUCCCUCCGGGCCCCGCGGCCCCGCGCCUCGUGACCAUGCGGUUUCAAGCUGUUUGUCGGCUGCGGGGCUUCCCCUGGAGGGGACUGUGCGGGUCCCCGCGCUCUGCGGCCGCCGACAGACCCCCGGACAUAGCAGCAAUGCUGGAAACGACGGAGGAGACGAGCGAUUCCCCCCCGAGGAGGAGGCCCAGGAGCCGCCCCCGAGCCUCCUCGCUGUUCCUGUUCCCCGGACAGGGCGGUCAGUUUGUGGGGAUGGGACGGGGGCUCCUGAAGUACGAGAGCGUCCGACAGAUGUUCGCGGCGGCGGAGAAGAUCCUCGGCUACAACCUGAUGGAGCUGUGUCUGAAUGGGCCGCAGUCGGAGCUGGACAGGACGGUCCACUGCCAACCCGCCGUGUUCCUCACCUCUCUGGCUGCAGUGGAGAGGCUGAAUCACGUCAACCCCCAAGCAGUCGAGAUGUGUGUCGGAGCGGCAGGGUUCAGUGUGGGAGAAUUCACCGCGCUUGUCUUCGCUGGAGCUAUGGAGUUUGUUGAAGGUCUCCAUGCAGUGAAGGUGCGGGCAGAAGCCAUGCAACAGGCGUCAGACUCCAUUCCCAGUGGUAUGCUGUCCGUGAUAGGACGUCCAGAAGCCAAAUACGCUUCUGCUUGUCGUGAAGCUCAAGAGCACUGCAGGUCCCUGGGAGUGGAGGAUCCUGUGUGUGACGUUGCCAACUACCUCUUUCCUGAUGGCCGCGUGUUCGCUGGACAUUUGCAGGCUCUCCAAUUUUUACAGAAAAACUCCCGAAAGCUUCAUUUUGUGCGCACCAAGAUGUUGCCAGUCAGUGGGGCCUUUCACACCCGGCUGAUGGCCCCGGCAGUUCAGCCGCUCCAAGAACUCCUGAAGCGAAUGAGCAUCGAGAAGCCGCUUGUGCCUGUCUAUUCGAACGUGGACGCUAAAAAGUACAUGCACAACAAACACAUACAGCGACUGCUUGUGAAGCAGCUGGUUUCUCCUGUGAAAUGGGAACAAACCAUGCAUGCUUUGUAUGAACGAGCACAAGGCACCGAUUUUCCAGAUACGUAUGAAGUCGGUCCAGGCAAGCAGCUGGGCACCAUGCUGAGAAACUGCAACCUGAAAGCAUGGCACUUCUACAAACAUAUCGAUGUAAUGGUGGAAAAUGAGCCUCAGAAUGACUGAGCUAUUUUGACUGAAUGGAAAGGCUUUUUGCUCUCAGUGUCAUGGACUGCAGUUGUACUUGUGCUGGUGCCUCAGUCACCCAUCGAUGAUUGUACACUUCCAGCCUAGUUAGAACAUUGUCCAUAAAAGCAAAAGGAAUUUAAACCACUACCAUUGAGCCAUGCAUAGGCUGUGAGUAAGUGGAAUGCAUUCAUGGUCUGAUUCUUGAUCUGAUAUUUAAAUAUUGCAAAAAGGAACUGUUUAAAGAAAAUCACCUUUGUGUGGAGCAGCAACCCCAAGUGUCCCAUCAUUCACUCCCCCCGCACAAACAGCUUCCUUAAGGCAAACACAACUUCCCCCUCCCUCAUACGUACCCUCCCCAACUCUCCACUCCCCCUGCACUCCACAGCCAUCUCUUCUGUACACCCUAAAAUCCUCUUCGUAUCAUUCUUUCCUCCCACCAGCAAACCCACCCGCAUUUCCCUUCAAAAUGUCCGUUCCCUCACAAAC